UUUGUUUUGUCGCCAUAAUGAUAUAUUUAUGUGAUGGUCACCUCUGCAAAAACUGAGAAGGAAAUGAAAGAGAGGGCACUAAACCCAAUGCAACCAUUAGCAAAACAGAUGCAGAUACAGUGCUGAGAAUCAGAAUAUAAGACGAGAGAAGAGCUUUGGUCAUGAGAAGAAAAUUUUUCUUUGUUUUUUAAGUUCGAGUCCCAAAGCCACAGUGAAAGAGAAAAGAACAACAUAUACUCGAUAACAUUUUUAUAGAGGCAGAAAAGAUACAGUUUUUUUGGUUGGAGAAGGUUGUGAACAAAGAGUAAUAGAUUGUGUUGAUAAAAGAGAUCGUCGUCAUCAUCAUCAGCACCAUCAUGAGUAAUUGGUUGGGGUUUUCUCUGACUCCAGACCUUAGGAUCGAUGAAAGCUUUGGCAGAGAAGACCAUGGAGGUUUCCCUUCUGUCAUGCCUUUGCGUUCUGAUGGCUCUCUUUGUGUUGUUGAUCCUUUUCGUCGCUCUUCUAUUGCUGCCGAUGAAGAUUGGAGAUAUGAAAAUGGUAUUGGAGCUGCAACUGCAAACGAGCAGGGUCCCAAACUUGAAGAUUUCUUGGGUUGUUACUCAAACUCUCCAUCUCAGGAGACCAAAGCUUAUUGUGGAACACACGAAAACCAAAACACUGUUCCUAGUCCUACUAGAAUCAACGUGAAUGUAGCACCAAAUUAUAGCAGUAGUGGGGAUGCGGAAGCUGCAGAGAAUUUCACAAAUCCAUCGUCUUUCAUCCAAACUUACCGAAAUUACAACGAAAACCCUCAAACCCUAAUGGCUGGUGGUCACAGCCUCCAACAGUGUGACCCAAACCCUAACCACAACCAAAGGAGUGGCGUGUACCAUGUUCCUUUUGAGAGUGCAACUUCAGUUUCAGGAUUCAAAUCCUGGUUGAGACAAACUCCAUUUCCUGGUGGAAAAGCUUCGGGUAAUGAAACAAAUAAUAACUUUAACUUUCAGGCACUCUCUCUUACCAUGAGCCCAACCUCUCGAAAUGGGUUCCCUGCUAUAGCACCAUUGGAGGUGGUUGAUAACCGUAAACGACCUGUCGGAAAGAACCUCACCAGGGAAUCAGUUCCUCGCAAAUCUAUUGAUACUUUUGGUCAAAGAACUUCUCAAUAUCGUGGUGUUACAAGGCAUAGAUGGACCGGAAGAUAUGAGGCUCAUUUGUGGGAUAAUAGCUGUAGAAAAGAGGGACAAACAAGGAAAGGGAGGCAAGUUUAUCUUGGUGGCUAUGACAAGGAAGAAAAAGCAGCGAAGGCUUAUGAUUUAGCUGCUCUCAAGUAUUGGGGUCCAACAACUCAUAUAAAUUUCCCUUUGAGUACUUACGAGAAGGAGCUGGAAGAGAUGAAGAACAUGACCCGUCAAGAAUUUGUUGCUCAUUUGAGAAGGAAAAGCAGUGGUUUUUCAAGAGGAGCUUCAGUGUACAGAGGAGUGACAAGGCACCAUCAGCAUGGAAGGUGGCAAGCUAGAAUAGGAAGGGUUGCGGGAAACAAGGACUUGUACCUUGGAACAUUUAGCACACAAGAAGAAGCGGCUGAAGCUUAUGAUAUUGCUGCAAUUAAGUUUAGGGGAACAAGUGCGGUGACCAAUUUUGACAUAAGUAGGUAUGAUGUAAAGAGAAUUUGCUCAAGCUCUACACUUAUUGGGGGCGAACUUGCAAAACGCUCUCCAAAAGACACUGCCUCCAUUGCUCCUGAGGACUACAAUUCAUGUGCUUCAUCAGCAUCUCCUCAACCUCUUCUAGCUAUACCAAGCGGUGAAGCAUCAGAUGAAUUGGCGGAUAUGGUUUGGACUGCAAAUUCAGAUGAGCAACAACAACAUCAAAGUACUAACACAAAUAAUGAUGCAUCCUUGGCAAACUCAAGUAGUCGCAAUUCCUCUAACCCGCAAAGCCCGAAAGGCUCCAUUGGUUUAGCUAGUGAUAAGUUUGGCAUUGGCGGAGAUUACUCUCACCACGGCUACUUCUCAUUACAGGGUUCAAAAUACGAAGAUGGCAACAGUGAGACUGAUAAUUCCAAUGAAAAUCGGCUAGGCAAUUUGGGUUUAGUUCAUAAGAUCCCAAUGUUUGCACUUUGGAACGAGUGAGAUAGUGAAUUUCACAAGAAUUUGAGACACUUAUCAGCGAUAGAGAAGUUUAGUUUUAGUUUCUUCACUAAAGAAAACUAGUUAGAAAGAGGGUAGGAUAUGUAACACAGGAUAUCAUGGAAUUCAAUGGUCUUUAAUUAGUGCUUUAAUUCCGAAUGAAAUUAACUAACUGUUCUCUACCUUAUCAAAA